GUCAAAUCGUUUGGCUUGCCCACCGGCGAAAGCGUAUCGUGCGUGUUUUGGAACCACCUGUUCCACAUUACCGGCACGGACAUUGUCCGCUGUCUGGUGUUCCGCUUCCAUGCAUUUGGUCGACCGGUCUGCAACCUCAAAAAAUUCGAAGAAGGUAUCUUUUCAGACCUGCGUAACCUCAAGCCGGGCAGCGACGCCUGCUUGGAAGAGCCCAAAUCCGAGUUUCUCGACAUGCUUUACAAGAACAAUUGCAUUCGCACCCAAAAGAAACAAAAGGUCUUUUACUGGUUCUCUGUCCCGCACGACCGACUCUUCUUGGACGCGCUCGAACGUGAUCUUAAGCGCGAAAAGAUCGGUGUCGAGCCUACCAGCGUUGCCGUGGCUGAUCCAGCCUCGUCCUUGUCCCUGGAUUCU